AUGGCAUCCUCGGGCGGAGGCCCCGGAGUCGGCACCGAGACCGGGGUAUGGGAGCCGCGGGCUGAGGGCGGCGCGGGGCCCGAGGCCAGCUUCUCGUUCGGCGGGUUCGCCGCGGUGCUGGGCGGCCUGGGCCCGGCGGUCCCGGCACCGCCCCCCGCGCCGCUGCGCCUCCUGCACGAGCUGUGGCAGCGCGACCCCGGCCCUGAUCCCGGUCCCGGAAACGAACGGAGCGGCAAGCUGCGGUCGGGCCGCCUCCAGCGUGCAGCCCGACCGCAUCGGCGCCUGGGGCCCACGGGUCGGGAGGUACACGCGCUGAAAAGGCUGCGGGAAGCUGCCAACGCCAAUGACUUAGAAACAGUGCAGCAGCUGCUGGAGGACGGGGUGGAUCCAUGCACAGCGGACGACAAAGGCCGCACAGCCCUGCACUUUGCGUCCUGCAAUGGCAACGACCAGAUCGUGCAGCUGCUCCUGGACCACGGUGCUGAUCCCAACCAGCGCGAUGGGCUGGGCAACACGCCUCUGCAUUUGGCUGCCUGCACCAACCACGUUCCCGUCAUCACCACGCUGCUCCGAGGAGGGGCCCGGGUGGACGCCCUGGACCGGGCCGGCAGGACCCCCUUGCACCUUGCCAAGUCAAAGCUGAACAUUCUACAGGAGGGGCAGUCCCAGUGUUUAGAAGCUGUCCGGCUGGAGGUGAAACAGAUCAUCCACAUGCUCAGGGAGUACUUGGAGCGGCUGGGACAGCACGAGCAGCGAGAUCGGCUGGAUGACCUCUGCACCCGCCUGCAGAUGACCAGCACCAAAGAGCAGGUGGACGAGGUGACCGACCUCCUGGCCAGCUUCACGUCGCUCAGCCUGCAGAUGCAGAAGCUGGAGAAGAGGUAGCCGCAGAGAGGGCCUCCCCUGCGUCCCCUCCCGGACCUCCGCCAGACCAUCCCCAGCUCUGGAAGAAGGGAGGGGCCAGCCUGGCCCUGGCCCAGGCCUGCUGGGAAGGAUUCAUCGGGGUCUCUACUUCAGAGCCUCCCAUGGAGGCUGUAGCCGUCACCUCCUUCUUUGACGCCCUCCCGCGCUGAUGUUGGCCUUGCCCCGGCAGCAGAGCCCCGGCCUAGGGGUUUCCCAGACCGCCUUCCCCUUCCUUAUGCCCGUGGCUCGUCACACAUGAGAGCAGGUGGGCCCGACCCUCCUCCCACCGUCCUCUCCUUGAAGCUGCUGGGAGCAGAGAAGGGGGGUGGGGGGAGCCCUUUUUAGGAAGUGGAAGUCCUGGUGGCAAACAUCACACCUCUCACCAGAGCUUGGAUCUCAGCGCCGUCCUGGUGAGCUGAGGGAAGGUUUCCUUUUGAGGUGGGAGGUUUUGUGGGGGCUGGGAGUUUGAGGGGCUGGAAUCUAAGGUGGUUUUGAGAGGCCCAGUUUGGGAUUGGGGCCUGCUCAUUGGAGGGCGAGGCAAGAGCCUUUCUAACGCCCCUUGUGGUCAGAGCUGGGGCCUCGAGGGCAGCUGCUGCCUUCUGGGCUGCCUGGGGAGCCUCAGGGAGCCAUCACUGCCUCGCACCUUCUUACUGGGCUCUCGGACCCCUGUGAGAAAAUAGGCUGGUUGCCUCGGCUUCUGGUUCUCUUUGGGGGGGAACAAAACUCAAGGCCGUGGAUUGCAAACUGGAGGAGUCACGGCUGUGUACAGGGGCCGUGAGGGAGUUGGUCAGGAGGAGGGGAGGGAGCUUGCUCUCCUGGUGCCCAAACUUGGCUGGCAGCUCCUGGGGUCCCUGGAACUUGGGGCAAUUGGGGCUGAACUUUCCCCCCAUUCUCUUAGCAACUUUACCCCCCUAGGCCAUGUAGCCAGUACAUUGAAGGGGAUUAGAGGCAGGGGGCCCCCUGUGGGUGCAAGGCCUUGUGGGCUUCUACCCCCCUCCUGAGCAGUUUCCCAGCCCGCUGUGUCGCCCACGGGCAGUGGAGAUGUUCUUAAAGCCACAAGCCAACCACUUACCGGGUCCUAAAGGCAGCUGGGUCAGCCAUUGUGGGUGAGGGUCUGGGGAAGAUGGAGGGCGCCUCCUUCAAGCCUUCGCUGUGAUGUACACACAGUGACCCAGAAAAUAAGUUCCUGUGUGGUUGGGGGGAGUACGGUUUCUUGUUUAAUGUAUAUAGUCAGUGGCCACUGUUGCUCCUCGUUCCCUAAGGUGGCAGGCCUAAGGGGGGCCUGCACACCCCCGUCACUUUUGUCACAGGAUCCUUAGGGUGCAGGGACAAAGCAGGGACAAAGGGCUUCCUACUGCCGUUUUCUCGUGUUGGACCGUUGGCCAGGAAGUGGUGGGGGGCACGGGCUGGCAGCGUCACCCUGCCCCAGGCUCUUGGCUCGGGCUCCGGGCCAUCGAUGCAAAAUCUCAUGUGCUGAGAUGAGGGAUUCGUGGUGGUGGGGCAGAUUAAGCGGUGCCAUUUACUGGGCCUUGUUUCCUGAUUGCUGGAGAAUGGUGUCCCUGAUCCGCGCAGACGUCCCUUCUGGCUGAAAACGGUCCGCCUCGGCUGUACACAGGCCCCCUCCGGUUCUUUCUCGUGUAUGUGUUGGGUUCACCCUUAUUAAAAUGUAAGCUUUUUCUCCAAGAA